GGAGGGCUCGCCGUCCGCCAUCGCCUCGUAAUCCCUCGGCAUCGGCCUCAUCCCGCCUCUUCCCGCCCCGGUUUCGGCGCGGGGAGGUCCGGCGCCCCGUCCCGGGUCCGCGGGGGGCGGUUUGGCGGCGUCCCGGCGGAGGGAUUGGCCGGGAGGGGCGGCUGACGACACAAGCGUCGACGCCGGCGGUCGCCUCGUCCUGAGGCGGCGGCGGCGGCGGUGGGGGUUGUCCUCCUCCCGUCCUCCCCUUCCCCUUCCCCUUCCCCUCAUCCCGUCCCUCGGCCGCCAUGGCGUGCGGGGCCACCCUCAAAAGGACUCUGGAUUUCGACCCGCUGCUGAGCCCGGCGUCCCCGAAGCGGCGGCGCUGCGCGCCCUUGUCGGCCCCGGCCUCCUCGUCCUCGCCCUCCUCCUCGUCGUCGUCGUCGUCCCUCGCCGCCGCCGCCGCCUCCUUCUCGUCCUCCUUCUCGCCGAGGAAAUACCUCCGGAUGGAGCCGUCCCCCUUCGGCGACGUCUCCUCCCGCCUCACCACAGAACAAAUUCUGUACAACAUAAAACAGGAGUAUAAGCGCAUGCAGAAGAGAAGGCAUUUAGAAACUAGCUUCCAGCAAACAGAUCCAUGCUGUUCCACUGAUGCACAGCCUCAUGCAUUUCUUCUCAGCGGGCCAGCUUCGCCAGGCACUUCAUCUGCAGCAUCAUCACCAUUAAAAAAAGAACAGCCCCUAUUUACUCUAAGGCAGGUUGGGAUGAUCUGUGAACGUUUACUGAAAGAACGUGAAGAGAAAGUCCGUGAAGAGUAUGAAGAAAUACUGACCACAAAACUUGCAGAACAAUAUGAUGCAUUUGUGAAGUUUACGCAUGAUCAGAUAAUGCGACGAUAUGGAGAACAGCCUGCUAGUUAUGUUUCAUGAAUUACACUUCCUGCACCCGUGGGCUGCCCUGUUCCCUGUUGAGUUGUUGCAAGCGGUCCCCAUUGAGACUUGCAGCAAUGCCAUACUCUUUCCCCCCUCCCCCCUGUGUGAACACAGGUUAUUUCAAGCUUUUGUCAGUGGCAACCACUCUGAGGCAGCAACUGGUUUUGGAGUACUCCCUGAUGUCAAAUACCACCUGGAUGUGGACCGUUGCUACCCGUAUUAAUACCAGUGGCCUCAUUUGCUGUCUCAUUACAAUUUGGCUUCUUAUGUUUAAUGAUAUGUUUGAAUGUUCUAGAUUAUGCCCUUCACUGGUUGUGUAAAUAAAACUGUAGAAUGACACUUCGGACUGAAGUUAGUGUGGUUUCAAUAACUGUGCACUACAACCGAGCUGUAACCAGUCAUUAAUCAUCUAGAAUGUAAUCCCGGGACAAUUUUAAGCAAAUAGCCCACAGUACUGCCUGUGAAAUAGUGAAGGAGGAGGGCAUUUCUGUAUUCCAGGACUUUUUUGGGGUUUAAGAAUGGGUUUAUAUGAUUUCUUGUUUUUGUAGUUUUUAUUUAUUCUCUCAGUCUUUAACAAAUGUUUAUUGCUGCAAUUUUUCAGUGUAUCAUUGUUUUACUGCCCUUGUAGUACUGGAAUUUAGUUGGACAAAUAAAACAUUUACUUCUAA